UUCUCUACGGCAUUACGUCAAACGUCUUUUCUACGGAUCUGAGGAAUAAGAAAUGUGGAAGGCGAAGCAACGAGCGAAGUCCUUCGGAUGCGAGUGACAAUCGUGUCCACAGCAACAGGAUGAGGAAUUAGGGCGUUUGAUCUCCACAAACGUAUCCUUCCGCCCUACUAACCACGAGCAUCGCCGUCGUCUUAGCCUACUUCCCGUUCCUUUAUCCGGUCCGACCUCAUUCAAGAGAUAAUAUGCAGCAAAGCGCUGAGGCGAGUCGACGAAUCGCCGCGCUCUCUGCGCAACUCCACCCACCCGGCCUCCAGAUGCAGGGAAUUCCACCAUUGAGACUAGAGAACUGUCGGGCAAAAGGAGGAGCGCCAGGAUUCAAAGUAGCAAUAUUAGGUGCUGCAGGAGGAAUUGGACAGCCCCUUUCAUUGCUGAUGAAGAUGAACCCCCUGGUGUCUGUUCUCCACCUUUAUGAUGUUGUGAAUUCACCUGGUGUCACAGCUGAUGUUAGUCACAUGGAUACUGGUGCUGUGGUGCGGGGAUUCUUAGGGGCACCUCAAUUGGAGAAUGCACUUACCGGAAUGGAUAUUGUAAUAAUUCCAGCUGGUGUGCCCAGAAAGCCAGGAAUGACUAGGGAUGAUUUAUUCAAAAUCAAUGCUGGAAUUGUUAGGACACUUUGUGAAGGGGUUGCUAAAUGUUGUCCUAAUGCAAUCGUAAAUUUAAUCAGUAAUCCAGUGAAUUCUACUGUUCCUAUUGCAGCGGAGGUUUUCAAGAAAGCUGGGACAUAUGAUCCAAAACGAUUGUUGGGAGUGACAACCCUUGAUGUUGUGAGAGCUAAUACUUUUGUGGCUGAAGUUUUGGGCAUGGAUCCAAGGGAGGUCGAUGUACCUGUUAUUGGUGGUCAUUCCGGCAUUACUAUAUUACCUCUUCUGUCGCAAGUUAAACCUGCAUCCUCUUUCACCUCAGAAGAGAUUGAUUACCUCACUAACCGAAUUCAGAAUGGUGGAACUGAAGUAGUUGAGGCCAAAGCAGGGACUGGUUCUGCAACACUUUCCAUGGCAUAUGCUGCUGCUAAAUUUGCAAAUUCCUGUCUGAGGGGUUUGAAAGGCGAUGCGGGCGUCGUGGAAUGUGCAUUUGUUGCCUCACAGGUGACAGAACUCCCAUUUUUCGCAACAAAAGUACGAUUAGGCAGAGGUGGAGCAGAAGAAAUCUUCCCUAUCGGACCACUUAACGAAUACGAAAGGGUUGGCUUGGAGAAGGCGAAAAAAGAGUUGGCAGGGAGCAUCGAGAAGGGUGUUUCUUUCAUUAGGAAGUGAAAGCUUGAGAAAAUAUUCAAUAAAGUUAAUAUCUCCUGCUUCAGUUGCUUGUAUAAAUUGGUCAAGUGUCAUCGACGAAUGAUCGCGAACAUGCUGCGAUAUGUAUACGAUCUAUGUUUCGGUAUACGGUGCAACUUGUUAAGGAAGUAUUUUUGUUUCUUUAUUACCUCUCUUUCGCGUUAGUCCUGGGAUGAAUUAGUGGGAUGAACGUAUUCAUUUUUUUACCAUCAUGUUUAGUGAGUAAAGAAUGAGACAAACUAAUGGUUUGUUUGUUGUGUGUAAAUUAACUUAAAUUUCAUUUACUUUGUCUAA